CUCAAGCCGCUUCACCGCAUUCCGCGUUCAACGCUCGGCGCUAACGCACGCUUAUACACAACACACGUAAUGUCCAACAUGUCUUAUGAGAUCGCGUAUUCGCUCGCAGACGAUGGCCCGCAGCCCGUCUCGCGUACUUACCAAUAUCGCAAAGUGAUGAAACCGAUGCUUGAGCGCAAAAGGCGCGCUCGCAUUAAUCGUUGCCUCGACGAACUCAAGGAUCUGAUGGUCAACGCAUUGCAAUCGGAAGGAGAAAAUGUUGCUAAAUUGGAGAAAGCCGAUAUAUUGGAGCUGACAGUUCGACAUUUGCACAAACUACGCCGUCAACGCCGUUUAUCCCUCAACCCUUCAGCAGAUGUGGAUCGCUUCAGGGAUGGAUUCACUCAUGCCGCUAACGAAGUUUCCCGCUGUUUAGCUUCCAUCCCCGGAGUGGAUGUGAGGUUGGGCACGCAACUAAUGACCCAUCUCGGACAUAGACUGAAUGAUAUGCAGCGGGCGGCUGCUGGAACUGACACACCUCCAGCGAGCCCGCCAAGCCCUGCACUCUCCACUACAUCAUCUUCGUCUGGCUAUGUAUCACCCUCACCGCCAACGUCACCGAUGCCCAUCCAUAGCACACCUUUGGACUGCACUACCAACAGCACCUUCACGAAAGCAUCAGCUGUGUGGCGACCGUGGUAAACAUCGGUGCUAGGAACUAGCGGACCCGGCUCCGCGGUCACAUCUGUUCCAGCACCGCUCGGAGUCGCUUACAGUUUUUUUGAGUUCGCGAAGAUCCAUAAGUUUAGUGUUGUUCAUGUGACAAGUUGCUGACAACUCUAGAUCUCAACAUUUAAUUAUUGUAGCGAUUAUUGUAGUUCGUAAGUUCAACUUGAAAGCUUUAAUGAAAGUAGCCUAUAAGUCUAUUGUGAUAUUAAAGAGUAAAUAUUAUUGUAUAAGAAAUGUUGUAUCGAACCUUCCCGAGGUCGUAUUGUUAUAUUUUUAUCGUUGAAAAGAUUUCACAAAUGUGUGAACAAAAGAGUAAGUUAAUAAAAAAAACAUAUUUUUAAUGUA